CCAAAUGUCGCGAGAUUGUUGGACACUUUGAGGAAAGUCCAGCGAACGCUCAGGAAUUAAAUGCACAGCAAGCUGCACAUGGACACAACACGGAAGCACUUGUUCAGGAUGCUCAGACAAGAUGGAACUCCACCCUGGAGAUGAUCAAGCAGAUCCAGAGAAACAAAUCUGUGCUCACCUCCAUCCUGACUGAAAACAGCACGGUGACCAUGCUGACUGACCAGGAGCUUGACAGACUGCAGAAGCUGGAGGAACUACUAGAACCUUGCAGGUAUGUGACCGAACUGCUGGGGGGAGAGCGCUAUGUCUGCUGUUCCAUGGUGCUGCCAGCCUUGCGUCAUUUGUUCUGGGUCAUGGAGCCCUUGGAGGAUGACCCAGUCUACGUUGUGAAGUUUAAGAUGGUUUUUACCACAGACCUAGCUCAGCGGAGGGCCAGCAGCAAUCUCACAUGGCUGAAGAUCGCUACUGCCCUUGAUCCCAGGUUUAAAGACCUCAAGUGUCUUCCCAAAGAUGAAAGAAGAGAGGUGUGGACUCUGGUACACGACCUUCUGAUGGCAGAGACACAAGCACAACAACCAUCUGUCCAGAUAAAAGAGGAACCGUCACCAAAGAAGAGCAAGAUGUCCAUCUUCCUCCUGGGUUCUUCAGAUUCAGAUACAGAGGAGGAGGAAGACUCCAUCGGCCGCUGUCUGGAGCGGUACAAAGGAGGGGGGAGGGCAGCCCAUGGUCUUCUGUGCAGCCUUGACUACACUCUGAAGCCUCGCUCGAUCAAGUAUCUGAUGGAUCCGAGCACAGACACUGUUGGCUCGUGUUCUCCAGCUGAGAUCCAGAUGAACUCCCAGCUGAAUAUGAAGCAACACCUCAGAGAAGAAAACGGCCCCAUGAUCAGACUGAGCAGUCGAGGCAUCGAGGCUGCAGGAUCGCAUCAGAACAGGACAUGUGGGUGCGGUCUGGACAUCAUCUACCCAGGUAAUCCCACAGUUUGA